ACGCUCCUUCUCAACUCCUCGCCACCCUCACUGCGCUGCCCUCAUCGCGAUGCCUUCUCGCCGUCCCUUCUCGUGGACGGUCCGUCAGGAAGUCGCCUCGACCAUCUCAGCGGCUCUGCGGUGGAUUCUUCAGCGAGUUCCCUUCCUCACUCAUUUCCUCGUCGUCCUCCUCGCUCUUCUAGGCCCCAUCGUCUGCCCUCGACUCUGCGCUUUUGUCCUCGUAGGCACGCACAUAGUCUUUGUCCUCUGCCAGACGCGCACGGCGUACGGCAUCUAUGCCGCUUGGCAGGGCGUCAAGAAGCACUCGUUGACUGACUGGGCUCUCGAGUGGGAGAGUGGUGUCAAGGGAGCGCAACAUGAAGUCCUCAACUACCGCGACGUCCAGCAUGGGAUCAUCUUGCCGGCUUACAAGGAGGACCUGGCAACGCUACGCGAGACCCUUGAUAUUCUGGCCUCGCAUCCCAUGGCCUCGACGAACUACUGGGUUUGCCUAGGCAUGGAAGAGCGCGAGGCAGGAGGCGUCACCAAGGCUCGCGCCAUCGUAGACGGCUACCGCGCUCGUGGAGCCUUCCGUGACAUUGAUUUCUCUUUGCACCCCGGCAACAUCGUAGGCGAAGCAGCAGGCAAGUCGUCGAAUGUCAACUGGGCAGCUCGAUUUCUCGUCAACCGAAUUCCAGAGCGCCACCACUCGCAAAGCAUCAUCACGGCAAUGGACGCCGAUACCGCCUUUGCCGCCGACUUCUUCCUUGCCUGUGCCGUCAAGUUUGCUUUGGCUCCCCAGCACGAACGAGCCCGAAUGAUGUUUGUCCCGCCCAUCGUCUUUGACCGCAACUGCGCCGAGGUCCCCAUCUUCACUCGCGCCACGGACAUCUUCUGGUCUUGUGCCGGUAUUGGUGGCAUCUACCCGUCGAGUCAAUGCAAAAUCCCAACUUCCGCCUACGCUGUCAGCAUGCAACUCGCCGAGUACUGCGGUUACUGGGACGCAGGACCAGAGGCCAUCGGCGAGGACCUCCACUUCUACUGCAAAGCCCUCUACGAGACGCGCGGCAACGUCAUCUCGGUCACCGUCUACUCGCCAGCAUCACAGUGCAACGUCGUAGGAGCGCCAGCAAAGGGCCCGAUCGCCAACUACGUCAAUGACAUGAAGGCUCGGUGGACGCAAGCAUGCCGACAUCUGUGGGGCAGCCUCGACUGGGGCUAUACAUGGCAUCGCACCCUGACUGGCGCCUUUGGGCCAUCGCAACAGAGCACCGCCGCGUACAUGGCGCUUCAGACCGUCGAGAGCAGCCCAGGCUCAACCUGUGUCGGUGACGAGGGCAUGGACGUCGAAGCCACGCUGCUGCCACCUUCUGCCUUUGACCAGCGUACACCAUCCCCGAGCGGCUCAACAAGUACGGCCUACAGCGUUGAGGAGGAAAAGGGAGAAAAGGUGGGCCAGCUCGAUCCUCCUACCGUUGCGCCCAAGCCACUUCACCCUCGUGUGUCUUUUGCCAUCGAUGACGAUCAAGAGGACAUCGAGGAGGUGGAUGAACGCAAGCAGUUCAUGGCGAGUGGCUACGUCGACGAUUCUGCCAAGCCGCUGCGACGAGCUUUCCGAUUCAUUGUCCUCCACACGAGGCUCUACGAGGCUCACCUCAUGGUCGCUCACGUCUUUGUCAUGAUGUUUGUUCUCACCCUGUUGCCCGCCGUCGUUCACCGCAACGGUACCAUCUCCCUCGUCGACCCGUAUUCGCGCAAAUGCACCUGGGCCAUGUGCAAGCAUGCUCUGCAAGUCACGCCCUUCGCUGCUACGGCUGAUCUGCCCUCAGAUCUCGCACCAGGCUAUCAGCCGCAGUGGAUGAUGCCGGACCUGAUUCUCUGCGCCAUGAACACGGCCCGCCUUCUUGGAGCGCUCGGCAUCCUGGCCACGAUCGUCAUGUGCGCGAUUCACGACUUCUACCAUGCCGAGGCCGCCAAGGCACGCUGGGCUCGAUCCGACGCCGUCAUUGCUUCGUGGCGAACGGCGGGCAGUCUUGGCCAGGUCCCUACUCGCUAUCUAGGCAUCCGAGCCCACCAGCUCGCUGAACGUAGAUGGCCCCGAGCCCUACUGGAUUACACGGCUAUCCCUGCCGGUCUGCUCUACGGCAUCCUGCCCCUCCUUUAUGCUCAGCUCCAUCACCUCACCACCAACAAGAUGACCUACGUCGUCUCCGCCAAGGGCAAAAACGUCGUCUUCCCUGUAUCGGACGAGGUGCUGCGCAGGAGCGUAGACGCGAGGCGUAGCUUGGACAUCAACUCGCGGAACCGUCGCGCGUCCUCGAGCGCAGCUACCGUCUCGCCUCAUACAGCAGCCGUCGUAGCCGCUGCGGCUAUGGCACGCAUGUCACACGAUGAGAGCCCGCCCUCCUGGCUCGAGAGGACAGCAUCGAUGCGCAAAACGAAGCGUUGCGAAACGAAGCAAGGGGUUGAUGGGGACAAGGUCGACCCGGACUCGUUGCCGAUGCACCACCUUCGAUGGGAGAGCGGGACAUAA